UCUCGGCCAUUAGGGACAACGCGCAUCAGUCACAGUAGACACACGCUGACUCUCUUCUUCUUCGCCGAACCAAGGCGGCACUCUGCUUUCAGUUCGUAGAAAGGCCUCCACGGAAGAGCAACAUCCAACAGAGACGGAGAGAUGCAGAGAUUAAAAGAAUUGAUAAAAAUAAGGCAUUCAAUAAAUUCGAGAGUUGGGUUUCUCUCUGCACAGAGAGACUUCUCUGCUCUCCCAAACUUCGCUCAAAAUGAUGAUCUCCAGGACCAGGUUUUGGUUGUAGGAAGAGCGAAAUCAAGAGCAGCCAUUCUCAAUAGACCAUCUUCUCUUAAUGCCCUCAAUACUCCCAUGGUGACUCGGCUCAAGAGACUGUAUGAAUCAUGGGAAGAAAACCCAUAUGUUGGAUUUGUCUUGAUGAAGGGUAGUGGCAAGGCUUUCUGUUCAGGCGGGGAUUUUGUUUCCCUCAAUGAAUUAGUUAAUCAAGGGAAAGCUGAAGAAUGUAAGAGCUUUUUUCAGAUGUUAUAUAAGUUUGUCUAUCUGCAAGGAACAUAUUUGAAGCCACAUGUUGCUAUCUUGGAUGGUAUCACAAUGGGAUGUGGGGCAGGAAUUUCAUUACCAGGAAUGUUUCGCAUUGUAACUGAUAAAACAGUUUUUUCUCAUCCUGAGGCUCAAAUUGGUUACCAUCCUGAUGCGGGGGCUUCUUAUUAUCUUUCUCGCUUACCUGGUUACCUGGGGGAAUACUUGGCAUUAACAGGAGAUAAGCUUAAUGGUGCAGAGAUGAUAGCAUGUGGGCUUGCUACCCACUACUCAUUAAAUGUGAAACUUCCUUGGGUUGAGGAACGCCUUGGUGGAUUGAUCACAGAUGAUCGUACUGUCAUAGAGACUUCUCUUGCACAGUAUGGUGAUCUUGUCUAUCUGGAAAAGACAAGUGUCCUCCAUAAGAUUGAGACGCUUGAUAAAUGUUUCGGCCAUGAUACAAUAGAGGAAAUUAUUGAUGCACUAGAAAAUGAGGCAGCUAGCUCUUGUGAUGAAUGGUGCAAAAGAGCACUGAUAAAAAUAAAAGAAGCAUCUCCACUAAGCUUAAAAGUUGCCUUGCGCUCAAUAAGAGAAGGUAGAUUUCAAACGCUGGAUCAGUGUCUAGCUCGCGAAUAUAGAAUAUCCCUUACUGGGAUCUCCAAAACGGUUUCUAAAGAUUUGUUUGAGGGUGUUCGGGCCCGGUUAGUGGAUAAGGAUUUUGCUCCAAAGUGGGACCCUCCAAGUUUAGAAGAAGUAAGUGAAGACAUGGUGGAAUGCUAUUUCUCCCCACUCGGUGAGCUCGAACCAGAGCUGGAGCUUCCCACAGCGACACGAGAACCUUCCGUCUGAGAUGGAUCUGGAGAUUACAAAGAGGGAGAGUAGUAAACACCUAGGUUUACAUAUCUAGUUUUGGCUUUAGUGAUGUAGGAAGUGGUAAUUCAGCCAUCGAAAUUUUUUGCCGAGAAUUGGUUCCUUCCAUAAUCAUAAUUUGUUGUAACAUGCAAUUAUGUGAUUGUUAGAAUUUUUUGACAUUCCAAUUCCAUGCACUUAUGUUAUAUGGAUGAUCUAGAAAUAUGAAACUUUGAUUUUGUUGUCAUGGUCA